GCUUUGAAUCCAUCUGUCUUCUCUCUCUCUCUCUCUCUCUCUCUCUCUUGGCAAUAAUCAAUAAUGAUAAUGUGAAGAAGAGAAGAUAUCUUCGCACCUCAGCAAAGAUCCAAACCCACCGGUUCUUAAGCCUUUUCGUCUUCUUCUCCGAUAAGCUCACAUAGAAGCGCGUUUGUUCUCUUGAAGCUUUUUGAAGCUCUUCUUCUACCAGAUCUGGUGUCACUGUCUAUCGCAGCACAGAGAACGGUGAAGAGAUGGGCAAAAAAGCAAAAUGGUUUUCUAGCGUUAAGAAAGCUUUCAGCCCAGAUUCAAAGAAAUCGAAACACAAAUCGCCCGAGAGCCCAAAUGGUGUGAUUUCUAACCCUCCGCUGGCUGAUAACGGCAGACAAUCUUCUUCUCCUCCCCAUGCUCCUCCUCCUCCACUUGAGGUGAGAGUAGCUGAAGUGAUUGUUGAACGGAACAGGAAUCCCUCCCCUCCUUCCACAGAUGUUGUGAAUGCUACAACAACCGAUAUUCCUGUAGUUCCAUCUUCAUCUGCUCCUGAGGUCGUUCGUCGUGCUACGGCUCCUCGGUUUGCUGGAAAGUCAAACGAAGAAGCGGCUGCAAUCUUGAUUCAGACGAUAUUUAGAGGCUAUUUGGCAAGAAGAGCACUGCGGGCAAUGAGGGGUUUGGUCAGGCUAAAGUUAUUGAUGGAAGGAUCUGUUGUUAAACGGCAAGCUGCAAAUACUUUGAAAUGCAUGCAGACUCUCUCUCGUGUACAGUCACAAAUCCGAGCUAGGAGAAUCAGGAUGUCAGAGGAGAAUCAGGCUCGGCAGAAACAACUCCUUCAGAAGCAUGCCAAAGAGCUAGCUGGCUUGAAGAACGGGGAUAACUGGGAUGAUAGCAUUCAAUCGAAGGAAAAAGUUGAAGCGAAUUUGCUGAGCAAGUACGAGGCAACAAUGAGAAGGGAAAGGGCAUUGGCCUAUGCAUACUCUCAUCAGCAAAACUGGAAGAACAAUUCUAAAUCUGCAAACCCGAUGUUCAUGGACCCGAGCAAUCCGACAUGGGGUUGGAGCUGGCUAGAGAGAUGGAUGGCUGGUCGGCCAUUAGAGAGUUCCGAGAAAGAACAAAACAACGACAAUGCCGCCUCCGUUAAGAGCUUUAUAAACCGUAACGAAGCCACAAAAUCUAUACUCCGCAAUAACUCAACUCAACCAAACACACCAUCAUCCGCAAGAGGCACCCCAAGAAACAAAAACAGUUUCUUCUCUCCUCCAACUCCCUCAAGGCUAAACCAAUCCUCCAGAAAAUCUAACGACGACGACGCCAAAAGCACAAUCUCGGUCCUGUCGGAGAGGAACCGUAGACACAGCAUCGCUGGUUCAUCAGUCAGAGAUGACGAGAGCCUCGCUGGCUCACCGGCUCUACCGAGCUACAUGGUUCCAACUAAAUCAGCCAGAGCCAGGCUCAAGCCGCAGAGUCCAUUAAGUGGUACGACACAGGAAAACGAUGGCUUUGCAGACAAGGCAUCGGCUAAGAAACGCCUCUCUUAUCCGAGUUCACCUGCAUUGCCUAAACCACGGCGGUUCUCAGCUCCGCCUAAGGUGGAGAGUGGCGGCGUCGCCGUGACCAACGGGGGAGGCAGCUGAGGUAUUUAUUUAUUGUCUUUUUCUUAAUAUAUUUCCACUUUAUGGAUGUGUGUCCGAGAUUGCUCUGUCUGUUAUGUGUUCCCUUCUGUUCGUAAUUCAUUUGUGCAGUGUAAGCGCCUGUCAUUUAUUUUUUACUAUAAUAAAUUAUAUUAUCCGACGAUAAGCUUUGCCUUUUUUUUUUUUUGUUUAUUUGAAUAUUGAAGAGAUUUAUUUAUAUUGGAACAACCCCGUUUGUAUUUA